ACUAAAGAAGAAGACAAAAAUCAAGAUGGCAAAAUGGAUCAGCUGCAUUUUAAACUGGAACUUCCACUACAACCUACAGAGCAUGUAGUUGGUGUUCAGCUGAUUCUCCUCUUUUCCUACCAGCUUUAUAGAAUGUCAACACUCGUGAUGCAGAGCAUGGCUUUUCUUCAGUUUUUUUCUCCUGUGCCAGGGUCUCAGCUCUAUAUGAAUGGAGACCUGAAAUUGAAGCAGAGGCAAUUACUUAACCAUUGUGGACUGGAUACCAGAUACAAUGUAUCUGUGGUCAAUGGCACAAGUCCUUUUGCGAGUGACUAUGAUCUCACAAACAUCAUUGCAGCAUAUUGGGAUAGAAAUGUGACAACAGUUUUUUCAGAUCCCAACCCUGUCUGGAUGACUGGAAGAGCAACAGAUGCACCAUUUAUCAUUAACGCGACUAUUCAUUACCCAGUGGAAGUUAUCUUAUAUCCUUUGAAAACUGCAUAA